AUCGCAAAUCUAUUUUUCAAACUACUAACAUGCGUUUUGUACAUCGUCCGCGUCGUACUCGAUCAGGAACCCACGUCGGCAACAUGCUACGGGUGCAUGGUGGGCAACAAAACCGAAUUUCUGUGGAGCCGAAAUCUGACGGACGAGGCGUUCCAAGCAAGGCCGAUCAUCAAUUGGGAUGCAAUCCAAUGGGUGAAACGGCCAUUCGAGCUGUGGAUAAUCCAGUGUGGUCUAGCACUUUUCGCCCUCAGCGAAUCGUUACUGCUCACGUACAUCGGCUACAAGGGAAAUGUGAUGCAACAACUCCUAUCAUUCCACUUCCUUUUAGAGUUGAUUACUACUGUACCUUUUGUUUUUACCAUUUUCCAACCAACACUAAUCAAUCUAUUCAUACCGGUGUUUCUUAACUGCUGGUUAGCGAAGAAGUCGCUGGAAAACAUGUUUAAUGAUCUGCACCGGGCCAUGCAAAAGUCACAAUCAGCGUUGUCACAGCAGUUGAUGAUACUAUCCGCCACCCUGCUGUGUUUAGUGUUCACCAGCGUAUGCGGCAUACAGCAUUUCCAAAGGGCCGGCCAUCGUCAUCUGAGUCUCUUCCAAGCCACGUAUUACGUGGUGGUGACGUUCUCCACGGUCGGAUAUGGUGACUUCGUGCCGGACAUUUGGCCGUCGCAGCUGUACAUGGUCGUCAUGAUUUGCAUAGCGCUCAUUGUUCUUCCUACGCAGUUCGAGCAGCUGGCGUUCACUUGGAUGGAAAGGCAGAAACUCGGCGGUUCUUAUUCGUCGCACAGGGCGCACUCGGAAAAGCAUGUGGUCGUCUGCAGUACAACUCUCCAGGCUGAUACAAUCAUGGAUUUUCUUAAUGAAUUUUACGCACAUCCAUUGCUCCAAGACUAUUUUGUGGUUCUAUUAUCGCCAAUGGAACUUGACACCACAAUGAGAAUGAUUCUCCAAGUGCCUAUUUGGGCGCAACGUGUAAUUUAUAUUCAAGGGUCGUGUUUGAAAGAUGGAGAUCUUUCUAGGGCUAGGAUGAGUGAUGCUAAAGCUUGUUUCGUCUUGGCCGCAAGAAAUUAUGCUGACAAAGCUGCUGCGGACGAACAUACAAUAUUACGAUCGUGGGCCGUCAAGGACUACGCGCCAACCGUCCCCCAAUACGUUCAAAUAUUUCGACCAGAAAACAAAUUGCACGUGAAAUUUGCCGAAUUUGUCGUCUGUGAAGAUGAGCUCAAGUAUGCUCUGCUCGCCAACAACUGCACUUGUCCUGGAGCUUCAACCCUAGUUACUCUUCUGUUACACACCAGUAGGGGACAGGAAGGCCAGACUUCACCGGAAGAAUGGCAUAGACUGUACGGUAGAUGUUCAGGAAAUGAAAUCUAUCACAUACUAUUAGGCGAUAGUAGAUUCUUCGGCGAAUACGAAGGCAAAAGCUUUACAUACGCAAGUUUCCACUCACACCGAAAGUUCGGUGUGUCUUUAGUGGGCGUUAGGCCGGCCGACCUACCAGAGUUCUACGAAGACACCAUACUUUUGAACCCUGGGCCAAGACAUAUAAUGAAGAAAUCCGAUAUAUGUUAUUACAUUAGCGUCAACAAAGAGGAAAAUUCGUCAUUUGUUGUCUCUAACAACGGCGCUGUACCAUCAAAACAGCUAGAUAGCGUGUUGGGUAAUGAUAAGCCGGCAGACGUUCAAAAGACUAUUAUAGAAAGUUACACGUUGCAAAACAAACAAACUGAGGAAGCGUCAGCAGUGAGCAAUCAUCUGAGCAUUCCCAAACCAAUAGACAUAAACCCGAAUUUAUUAAGCCCCGAAAUACUCGGUCAGAGAAGAGGUAGUCGCCGUCCAAGCAUUCUACCGGUAGCGGAAACAAUGACCGGCUCAUCAUUGAACAUAUCAGUACCACAUCCGGAAGAAGAUGGCGACGAGAGCGACGACGAGCUCGAAGACGAAGUGCCGUGGAGAUCGCCCAGUGAAAAAAUAGCAUUCCGCGUUACAGCGGAUGGCAAGGAAGACGUUUAUACACAGCCUGUUUGGCAUGCUGAGUGGACCAGAAUAGUCAAAGGAUUCCCACCGGUAUCACCGUACAUAGGUGUCAGUCCCACAUUGUGUUAUUUAUUAAAAGAAAAAAAACCACUAUGUUGCCUACAACUCGCUCAGGUGUGCGAGCAUUGUGCUUACCGGAACGCCAACGACUACAAUUGGCAAAACAAGACGAUCAUUUUAGCGGCUGAUUACGCCUCGAACGGGAUUUACAAUUUUAUCAUACCACUGAGGGCACAUUUCCACCAAAAAACCUCGUUGAACCCGAUCAUCAUUUUACUAGAACGCCGUCCGGACAUAGCGUUUCUGGACGCCAUUUCGUACUUUCCAUUGGUCUACUGGAUGUUGGGAUCUAUUGACUGCUUAGACGAUCUCUUGAGGGCUGGAAUAUUAUUAGCAGAGAACGUAGUUGUGGUAAACAAAGAACUAUCAAAUUCGGCUGAAGAGGAAACAUUAGCAGACUGUAAUACCAUUGUUGCAGUUCAAACAAUGUUUAAAUUUUUCCCAAACAUACGAAGCAUAACGGAGCUAUCCCAGUCGUCUAAUAUGAGAUUCAUGCAGUUCAGAGCACAAGAUACGUAUGCAUUGCAUUUAUCAAAAAUGGAAAAACACGAGAAAGAAAGAGGCUCGCAUAUAUCGUACAUGUUCCGACUGCCAUUUGCGGCCGGUUCCGUGUUCAGCGCCAGUAUGUUGGACACGCUUUUAUACCAAGCAUUUGUAAAAGACUACGUAAUUACUUUUGUGAGAUUACUUUUAGGCGUAGAUCAGGCACCUGGUUCUGGUUUCUUGACUUCGAUGAAGAUUACAAAAGAUGAUAUGUGGAUACGGACUUACGGACGCCUCUAUCAAAAACUGUGUUCUACGACUUGCGAAAUACCGUUAGGUAUUUAUAGAACUCAAGACUUGUCAAAUAUAGAAUCGCCACCGGAUGCAUGUGAUACCGACUGCGAUAAAGUAUCUGAGGGUUCGGACCAUGAAGCUUACAUGCCCAUACCGACUAACUGUCUACCUAAUUGCCACAGGAACCAAAAUUCUGUAUUCUCGAUUAAUAUGCACGACGAUGCACGUGACAACCACGACAACUUGAUCGAGCGGGCGGAAAUCGUGAACCUGGUCAGAUCCCGAAUGGACAGCCUUAACUUACCUGCAGUCGAUCACGAAGACGUGAGCGAGAAACGAAGCAGUCUUUCAUACGUCAUUAUUAAUCCAAGUUGUGACCUAAAACUCGAAGAGGGUGACAUUGUAUACAUUCUGCGUCCCAGUCCGUUUUCGGCACAGAAAACAUUCGAGAGGCACAACAGCCGGAGGAAGUCCAACAUCAGUUUCAACUCGACCGUUGGACAACUCGGCUUCGGCGGUUCCAGGAGGGGAUCGAGCAUGGCGUUCCCGCCGUUUAUGACCCGACCACCGCCGUUGGUCACCACCAAAGCCAACAGCCUGUCGCUGCCGGACAGCCCGACGGUGGGCAGUGCUCUUCGGGCACGGUCCAAUUCUCUGCGGGUGGUCGACGACAUACUGCUGAGAAGGUCGAACUCGCUGAGGCAAGGGCUGUCCAUCUGCAACCGAAAAAGCAGCCUCGAAGAGCUGGGAGUGUCACAUUUCCCCAUUGGGUCCGUUGCCCACGAACGUAGACCUAGCAUGCAACUUCAUCCGAGUAACGAGAUGAGCGGCAGCGCAAUAAAGAUCGCUCUGAACGGCAGCAUCGGUCUGGAGGUGACGCCGCCGGAAGAAGUGUCCUCGCCAGGGAUAUCCAGCAACACAAGCCUGAUGACAGUGCCAUCCUUGCACCAUCCGAUGACGACCGCGUCGCCGGCCAUGUCGCCGCACUCGUCACAGGAACAACUGCAGGGCACGAUCGUAUGAUACAACCUGAUGUGGGGCAAACGGAAGAGCAACAAUGCUCGCAACAAGUGGCUGUGAACACUUGUCUCACACAUGCACAUGCGCGUGUACAAGUUCUUCUCGAUUGCUUCCACAUCUGUUCUGCUCGCCCCGUCGUUUCACGUUCAUUACGAGAAACACGACGACCACCACCAACACCAUCAUCGUCAUCGUUAACAUUAUUAGCAUUGACAAUACGAUACAUAUUGUCCGAACCGAAAGUCGGUUUACGGCAUUCGACCGAGAACACGACAACACAACAUAGCUUUUCGCUUCGAUAUCGCUUCAGUUUUGCCUCGUGGCAAAGUUCGCAAUGUGUGUCGAAAAUAUUCUGUUACCGACCCUUAACACACGAGGUGCGAACCCACAAAUAUUCAAUGUGUGUCGAUUAUGUAUGUAUAUAUAUUAUACAAUACAUGUUUAGAUGAUAUGUGUAUAAAUUUAGUUAAAUUAGAAAAAUAUAUAUAAUAUAAUAAACGCGUCCGCGACGAAACGUCACGAGUCUUAAGACUAUUGCGUCUCCGCCCGACGUUGCACACGACUCAUCACGCGCCGUCGAAUUUAGAUUUUCUAUAAAAUUUUUUCUACAAACAGUUUACCAGUAAGUGGGGAGGGCGGAAAAUAAGUGCCAAAAAAUAAUUAAAUAAAUAAAUAAAAAUUGUACGCGUACAACACGAAAAUAUGAAUAAUUUAUCGACGCCUCAAUUUGAUACUGUUAUCAUUCGAGCGAUUGCAUAUUAUUUUAUACUUGAAAUGUAUUUGAAUAAAAUUAAUAUAGUAAUAAUUGUGUACCACCAGUACUCACCUUUCGUAGCCAUUUGAUAAGUUCGUUGAAACCCAUUUUGAAAUGUAACUUGUAUCAAGAACCAAAAAACACCGUGAAUAUUUUGUCCAAACAUUUACAUUUUAAAAUGCAUUCAAAACUAUUGCAAAUAAUUACCGAAGUGAUAUAGAUUUGGACUUUAUUUUUAGUUUCCCAAAUAAUUUGAUAUUUACGAAAAUUAUACUACUGCAAAAGAUCUCUAGUCUAAAGCUGUAAACACCAACGUGAGAAUGGUGUUCUAAAUGUUCUCCAUCUUUCCGUCCCAAUAAAUUGUAAAGCGUUUAUACAAUUUCAAUUUGGUCAUUAUAUAUCACUGUACAUGACUGGGGCGUCGAUAAAAGUAUGUAGUAUUUUAAAGGACAAUUAUGGAGCUGUCGGUACAUCGUAGGACUCGUGAAUGGAUAGUGGAUAACCACAUACUUACAUUUGCUCAUACGAGCAAUUGAACAUUGUUCGUGGAGGUGAAACGAAAUAUAUCAUUCGAAAUGUUUUCUCUCUUUCUCUCACUCUGGAUACUGAUAAGGAUUCAUUUGAUAUUAUAAUAUUUCUAUCGAGCGAUGAAAUACAAAAAAACACUGUUGUUUAUGCAUUAUAUUUAUACGUUAAGCCCUGUAUAAUUCGCAACCCAUGGGUCACAUGACGUAUUUCUCGAAAACAUCAUACUUAGCCCAUGUAUGAUUUUCGAAAAACAAUUAACACUUCCUGAAACGUAAAUGAUAACAGUUUUACUCUAUUUUCUAUGAAAUAUUGUUUUAGUUACAAGAAAAUUGCCUCAUUUUUUUCGUGACAUUAACGAAUUAUUAGUGUGAAUUUUGAAAUCAAAUUUUAUUCACCGACAAUUGAAGUCCAUUUCCAAACCCUCACGUUUCCCGAAGGCAUGGUAUUCAUCAUAAAAUAAAAUAUGAGGAAAAACAAUAAAAUAUGCAACCAAAAUACACAUAUCAUUAAAAACAAUCUAUUUCAAACUGACGUUUUUCGGCGGUUCGCUUUUGUAUUCUAUAAUAAGUGACCAUCCACCAUAUCAUUGUUAAUAUUGUACAAUACAUUUAGAUGAUAAUUUUAUGCACAUAGUUUAUUGAUCGAAAUUAGUAGCCGUUUACUCUUAAAAACUUUUCGUGAUAACUGAUGUUACAACGCAACGACUAUGUAGUCAGAAGAAUCAUUGAAAUGUUUACAAUUCAUUUUCGAUUCUGAAUUUCCAGUAAACUUACAGAUUUGCAAACAUAGCUCAUAAAUUAAAAAAAUUACUUUCCUUGUUAUUCUAUUUUUCUAUAAACAAGAAAAAAUAAUGUAAAAGAGAUAGGAUCAUAGAAAAUUAGUUAUUAUACCAUUACCAAAAUAAAUUAUUAAAUAACUUGAUACCUUCUAGAGGAAACAAUGUGAAUGAUAAAAAAGAUGGUUUUUAUUCUUUUAUAAAUAUCGUUUGCUGUUUAGUUUAAAUGUUAUAUAAAAUGUUAUAUAUAUUUUAAAAUUAUCAGUGUAUGAACAUAGAUCUAUUUUAAUUAAAUAUAGGAGUAAUUAAAAGUUUUAAAAUGUAUAUUGACGGUGUUAGAACCCCCGUGAUGUGGUACAGGAAAAAUAAAAAAUCAUUAAAAAUUAUAAUAUAAUAUUUUAAUGUAACAUAAAUGGAUUAUAUAACACAUUUAGGUGGAAUGAUCACUAAAACUAUAACCCAUUCAAGGGAAUGCGUAAAACAUAGAAAUAAAAAACGAGUCACGAGUUUCCUUAGAACUCAUGAGAUACAUUUGUACAUUUACAUGAGUCAGCGAUGCCCUCCUAUGUUGUCCUAAAAUUAUGUUAAUUGUUAUAAACUCAGAUAUUAUAAAAUAUAUUUCUUUUAUAUAUAUACAUAUUUUCUUACUUGUGCACGCUUAAAUGUAUUUAUUUAUAUCGUUAAGUAGAUCGUGCCUAAUUUUGUUUAUACUGUUAAUAUGUAUCAAAAUAUGUUACGUCUAACAAAAUUAUUUGCAAUGUUCGUUCUCGCGUCAUUUUAAUGAAUGCAUUCGCAACUGGGAUCAUUUGUGAUUUUAUAAAAGGCUAAAGGGGUCUACGUUGAACGGAGAAAUGUGUAUUUUGUUUUUCCUUUAUUGAUUAUUAUUUUAUUUAUUUUUUUUUUUUUUAUUAAAAACGUUAAAUAUUAUCAGCUAAUGAACUCUUAAUCGAUAUAUUAUACUAACUAAAAUGUAGACAUUUUGUAUAGAACAUCGCUGUGAUGGAAAAAUUAAUAACUGUCUAGACUUUAGUUUCUAUACAGGUAUAUAUAAUAUAUGUUGCAUUCAGAUUAUA